GCCACAUCACGCAGCACAUCUUUGGAACAAACGAACUUCCAAGUAACACCUUGUCUCAGUAUGGAACUGUACUCGGAAAUUUCGCGUCUUGUUCUUAGCGAAGAUGAAAAGACAGCACUAUUCAUGUAUUUUACCAAGAACCCUGCUCAGAAAGUGGAAGCAGCUGCAGUUCUACCAGUCUGCAAAGAUGACACUGCCAGA